AUGUGUGAGGGGCUACUGAGGGUAGCACCAUUGCACAGCCACCAACAUGCCUACCAGAUUGGGAAGUCUACGGAGACAGCACUGAAUUCCCUUGUUGAGCAAAUCGAACGAGCUAUGAAGAGCAAGGAAGUAGCAUUAGCUGUUUUUCUCGACAUCGAAGGAGCGUUCGACAACACAUCCAUUGAUGCGAUAUUAAACUCUGCCAGGACAAAAGGGCUGAACAACACCACAUACAGAUGGGUAGAGGCCCUCCUUAGAGGUCGUCAUGUAAAUGCAGACCUGUUCGGAGAAUCGAGAAGGGUUCGCGCAACCAGGGGCUGCCCACAAGGGGGAGUCAUCUCUCCCAAAUUGUGGAACCUGGUAGCAGAUGAACUUCUGGUUCGUCUAAAUGAGGCUGGAUACUAUGCGCAAGCAUAUGCAGAUGACUUCGUUAUACUGAUAAGAGGAAAACACUGCAACGACCUCUCAGACCUAAUGAGCGGAGCUCUCAGGAUCGUGGAGGAGUGGUGCAGAGAUAAGAACCUCAGGGUGAAUCCUACGAAGACGACAUUGGUCCCAUUCACAAGGAAAUACAACCUAGGUAACAUCCAAGCUCCAAGCAUUUUUGGAAGUGAAAUUAAGGUGGCUGACACAGUCAAAUAUCUAGGUGUCUACCUAGAUAAAAGAAUGAACUGGAACCAGCACCUAGAGCACAUCAUAAACCGAGCAAAAAGGGCCAUGAAUUUGGCCAGAAGGUCGGUUGGCAAGAGGUGGGGGCUGAAACCGGCGAUAACCAAAUGGGUCUAUACGUCGAUAGUAAGACCCAUCAUAACAUAUGCAGCAUGCAUAUGGUGGGAAAAAACGGAGCAAAAGGGAGCUCGGAAUAAGCUGGACUCGCUGCAAAGACUGGCAUGCUUGUACACGACAGGAGCAGUGAGAACAACUCCAACAGCGGCAAUGGAGGUGAUGCUAGGCCUGCCACCCCUGCACCUAGCAGUGGAGGGGGAGGCAGUAGCAGGAGCCUUUAGGCUGAAAAUCAACAGCUUAGAUGGCAAACUGCGGCCAAGACACCAGUCACUCUGUGAGAGUCCAAGCUUCCCUCCGGCUUUACACAUGGUCUCUGAUCAAAUGAAAACAACGUACAACUUCGACAUUCCAUACAGGCUCCGCAUCAGCGAAGGCGAGGGGAACCAGAAAAUGGUAGACGAUGCCCUGGCUGCCUCGGAAGUUAGCUACUUCACUGACGGAUCUAAGUCAGGAGAUAAGACAGGAGCAGCGGUGUACGGAAACAAAAACUGCAAACUGAAGGCGAGUCUCGGCAGGAGCACCACGGUGAACCAGGCGGAGCUAUACGCCAUAAUGAUGGCAGCGAAUAACGCUAUAGACAAAGGCUGGAGAGACAAAAGGAUCACCUUUUUCUCGGACAGCCAAGCAACUCUAAAAGCGGUAUCAAACUUCAAGGUCAAUUCAAAAUUGACCAUGGAGGGCAUACAGAGGCUCACAAGACUGGCCAACGACAACCACGUCACAUUGGUGUGGGUUCGUGGGCACACAGGUGUGAGGGGGAACGAAACUGCUGACCGCUUAGCUAAGGAGGCAUCAGAGGAAAAUUACAUCGGACCAGAACCAGUGUUUGGACUGACCAAAAAAGGAUUCAGAACAACAGUGAGGGACUGGGUGAUGGAAGAGGCGAACAAAGAGUGGCAGAAUGCCGAAGGCAUGAGACAUUCCAAGCAAAUGCUGGAAGGCUACUCAAGGAAAAUGACUGCAAACCUGUUGCAUCGUAGCAGGGAGCAGCUAGGUAUACUGUCGGGAUUACUGACAGGACACAAUCUCCUGCGGAAACACAUGCACAGGAUGGGUAUCUUCAAGGAUGAACCAAAGUGUAGGCUGUGUGAGGUAGAAGAGGAAACUGCAGAGCAUAUCAUCUUCGACUGUGAAGCUCUGGAAAAGAAAAGACAGGACAUCCGAGGAGAUAACUCCUGGGAUGACUGUCUAGCACCUGAGUUAGUUGCGGGCACUCUCCUCCAACUUGUUGAAGGGGAGGGCUUCUGGGACUAA